AUGAGCAGGAUUCUUCGCCAAUUACUCCGGCAAGAGAUCGAUUCUUCGCCUUGCUCGCAGCAGUCCCCCGCGGAUCUAGAUCUACAUUCACUGAUUCGAUUGCUCCACCUCUCCCACGAUCUCCCCUCCCUCCGGCGAGCCCACGCCGCGAUCACGCACAGCAAACACGCCCACUGCCGCUUCCUCGCCAAUCUCCUCGUCGAUCUCUACGGCAAAUGCGGGAGCCCCAGGGAGGCGCUGGCGGUCUUCAGCGAGAUCAGCGAUCCAAACUCCUACUCCUGGAAUUUUAUGCUCCGGGCCUAUCUCCUCGGCGGACAGAUGAUCGAGUUCCAGCAAUUCUUCGAUAAAAUGCGCGCGAGAAACGCUGUUUCCUGGACGACUGCUGUGGAGGCUUAUGCCCAGGCAGGGUAUCUAGGGGAAGCUCGCUCAUACUUUUCAAGGAUGCCACACCACAGCGUAAUCGCUUCUACGUCCUUGAUGGUAGCUUACGCGCAAUAUGGUUAUCUUGAUCAAUCAAAAGAAAUGUUUGAUCAAAUGCUCAGAAAGACAGAGGUAACUUGGAACGCUAUGCUAGAAGCAUAUGCCCAAGACGGGCAACUUACUUAUGCAGAGUUUAUUUUUUAUAUACAGCCUAGGUGGAGCAUAGUCUCGUUUACAACUGUAAUUGUCCUUUACUCGCAGUUUGGCCAGAUAGUAAAAGCCACUCAAAUGUUUAACGAAGUCGCUGACAAAGAUGUUGUUGCUUGGGGAGCUCUCCUCUCGGCAAAUGCCGAGAACGGGGAUUUGCAGACCGCCGAGAAGAUUUUCUACCUCAUGCCCGGCUGGAGCGUCGCGGCUUGCAACUCCGUCGUUGCGGCCUAUGGAAACGAAGGUCUCGUCGACAAAGCAAGGCUCGUGUUUGAUCGAAUGCCCGAUCGAAACCUUGUCACGUACAACGUCCUCCUCUCAUCUCUCGCUCAGCAUCGAUUCCACGACUCCAAGAGCCUGUUCGACGCCAUGAAGCAGCGAAACAUCAUCUCAUGGAACAACAUCCUGCGAGCUUUCGUCGAGAGCCAGCAGCUGGACGCGGCGGAGGGUCUGUUCUUCGCAAAGUUCCCACACUACAACCUCGUGUCGUGGAACAUCAUGCUUGGAGCUCGCAAGGAUUCGAGUCGAACUCGGCAGCUUUUCGAUCGAAUGCCCCACAAGGACGUGAUCUCGUGGUCCGUUCUCCUUCAAGCUUACGCCGACGCCGGCCACUGCUCGCUUGAGGCCAAGCUUGUCUUCCUCCGGCUCCCUCGCUGGAACUCUUUCAGCUGGAACGCCGUGAUCCAGAUCUACGCCCAGGCACGCAAGCCGGACGAGUGCUGGGAGCUCUUCCAGCGAUCGCCCAGCAGGAACAUCGUCUCCUGGAGCCUCAUGAUCCAGGCGUUCUUCCUAGCGGAUCGAGCCGCCAGAGCCGUGGAGGCCUUUAGCCUGAUACCACGCAGGAACUUGCUGCUCGGGAACUCGAUGAUCGCCGCCUUGUCCCACCGCGGCCAUCUCGAAGUCGCCUUGAGCGUCUUCGAGCAGCAAGCCCCCUCGUCCGACACUUUCUCCUGGACGUCCAUGAUCCAGGCCUACGCUCGAAGCUCACAGCUCCACCGCGCUCUCCGGAUGCUGGCGAGGAUGCUGCUCGAGGGCGUGGAGGCAACGGAGGCGACGGUGACGGCGCUGCUCACUGGGUGUGGAUUUGGCGGCGAGGUUGACGAGGCGAGGAAGCACUUCUUGCGGAUGGAGGAUGACUUUGGCGUGAGGCCGAGCUUGACACACUUCCACUGCCUCGUGGACGCGCUGGGGCGAGGCAAGAAGCUGGAUGAGGCGGAGGAGCUCGUGGAGACGAUGCCAUAUCUGCCGGAUAAGGUGUCGUGGGUGUCGCUGCUGGCUGCGUGUAGAAUGCAUGGCGAUGGCGGGCGAGCGAAACGAGCAGCCUCCAGGAUUCUAGAACUCGACUCGCAAAACACGGCGGCCUCCAUUCUUCUGGAAGAGUCAACUAGAGUCAGCGCUUGUUGA